UGGAAGGAAAGGUUACACCGAAAGUAGAUUUUGUCGCUGGUGUUGGCAGCGGAAGAAGCAGCAGACGAUAUUAUGAAAAACGAAUGCAUCGUCAUCGUGCGCGACGACCCCUCGCAAGGGUCGAAAUUUGCACCUAUUUUAGAUAAUGGUGAGCACGUUGUAAAUGCCGACAGAAUGGCAUCAAAUAGAAAGCUGAUCUUCUGCGCUGCUGGAAUAUUCGUCUGCUACUUCUAUUUUGGAAUACUGCAAGAAAAAAUAACAAGGAGUACAUAUGGAGAUGGUGACAAGUUUACAUUUACUGCUACACUUGUUUUUGUACAGUGUGUUAUCAAUGCAAUUUUUGCAAAAAUUAUGUUACACACUAUCAUGAAGCAAGGUGAAGAUCCGACAAAACAAUUAUAUUAUGCUGUUUGUGGGUUUUCUUAUCUUGGUGCUAUGGUCUCAAGUAAUAUGGCCUUACAGCAUGUAAAUUACCCUACACAGGUUGUAGGAAAAUCAUGCAAGCCUAUUCCUGUAAUGAUUUUAGGUGUUCUUAUUGGAAAAAAACAAUAUCCUCUUGCUAAAUAUGUGUAUGUCUUCAUGAUUGUAGUGGGUGUCUGCCUUUUCAUGUACAAAGAUAAACCAGCUACAGUUGAUACUGAAGAUGGCCCACUUUUGGGAAUGGGUGAAAUUUUAUUGUUAAUUUCUCUGUCUUUGGAUGGUUUUACUGGAGCCAUACAAGACCGAAUGAGGGCUGAAUACCAAUCAAAAUCCUGUCAUAUGAUGUAUAGUAUUAACCUGUGGUCUACUCUUAUAUUAGGUCUUGCAAUUUUACUUACUGGUGAAAUAUGGGGCUUCUUGCAGUUUGUAGAAAAAUAUCCCUAUAUUAUUUAUAAUAUGUUAGGAUUUUCUGUGAUGAGUGCACUAGGUCAGGUUUUCAUAUACUUAGUUGUAAGUGACUUUGGACCCCUUCUUUGUUCCAUAAUAACUACUACAAGAAAGUUUUUUACAGUCUUAGGAUCAGUAUUUAUAUUUGGAAAUUCAUUAGCUCCAAGGCAGUGGAUGGGUACUGCCCUCGUAUUUACUGGAUUAACACUUGAUGGUGUAUAUGGAAAACAGAAGAAGAAAUGAUCAAAAAAUUUUUAGGUGUUAAUUCUUCAAAGGAAUGUUUUUAAUUGGUUAACCUGCACGCACAUGUUUCCAAAAGAAGAUUACAAAUCACUCUUCAUUUGAAUGUCAGGAUUAAAUGCAGCAGUUAUUAAACUAUGUUUUAUCCCAAAAUAUUAUAUGGAAAUAUAUUUAUACCAAUUACAAUAUAGAAGAUUGUGUUACACUUGCCAAACUAUGUGAUCCUGGUAUGUAAUACCAUUCUGAAUGUUGUUUGUUUCAUAUUUAAAAAGAAGAUGGGAAAAACUAUUUAUUUAUAUAGUCAGAACACAGAAAUUUCUGUGUAUAUUUGAAUACACAUGGCUGUCCAAUAGUGUAUUUAAUUUAUUUACUAAUAAUAGAUGCAUUUAGCUGGAUCUGUAUUUUUCAUUCUAAUCAGUCGAUUAAUUUAUUUUAAAUGUGACUUGUAAAUAUUACUUUAUUAAAAAACUUAAAUCAUU